AUGGACUAUGCCUUUGAGUUCAUCAAACAACAUGGACUUACGACUGAGAGCAACUACCCUCCCAAAGAUAAUAAAGGCACUUGUGACACCAAGAAGGAAAAAGAACCAGUGGCCAAGAUCAGUGGCUACAACUACGUCCCAGCAGACAAUGAGAAGGCACUUUUACAAGCAUUAACUGACCAACCAGUGGCCGUAAUGGUUGAUGCUUCAGGUGCAGAUUUCCAGUUCUAUGCAGGUGGUGUUUUCACGGGUGAAUGUGGAACUGACAUAGAUCAUGGUGUAACAUUGGUUGGUUAUGGUACCAGUAAUUCCCCAUUGAAGUAUUGGAGGAUCAAGAAUUCAUGGGGUAAAGGAUGGGGAGAGGAUGGAUACAUGAGGAUGGAAAGGGAUAUUGCUGCCAAAGAAGGAAUGUGUGGGAUUGCCAUAGAACCCAUCUAUCCCACUCUGUGA